AUGCAACGAACAUCGGCUAUUCAACCGACGAACACUGCUGAAGCACCUGUUCAAUAUGAAGAUAAUUAUAAUGAAUCAGCUGUAUGGAUAGUCUUUGGUAAAAUGCUUUUUUUUACGCUACUAAUGACAAUUGCACCCUUAGCAUCAUUUUUUAUUGCAAAAGAUUACGUGUUUGAAGGUUUCUUUAAUGUAUCUAGUCGUAAUAGUUAUACAUAUUCAGCGGUUGUCGCUGUUAUUGUUGUUCAUAUUGUAUUGAUUACGUUUUUAUUUGUGGCAUUUCGAGAAAAUAUUCCAGGAUCAAAAAGAUCAAUCGAAGCUACGAAAGAAUCAACUGGUAAAAAAGACUAA